AUGUCCGCCCCCGCCUUGGACUCGACGGCGGUGGAAAGUUUCCUCGACAGCCACCCGGAGCUGGUGGAGAAGUGGCUGCGCCGGAGGAGCCGCAAAGCCAGCGUCGUCGGGGGGGCGCCGGACGCGCGGCGGGAGAGCAAUGGCGCCAACGCCGCCAGCAACAACAGCCCCAGCAGCACCGGCGGUGGCUGCGGCUCCCCCUUCAGCUGGGCCGGCCCGGAGGCGUCGUCCGCUUCCUCCCCGUCGUCGUCGGGCGGGCUGCAGCGGCGAGCCUCGCAGAAGGAGCUGCGCCAGAGCUUCGCGCGCUCCAAGGCCAUCCACGUGAACCUGACCUACGACGAGCACGUAAGCGCGCGGCGGGCCCAGGGGGAGCCUCUGAGCGGCGCCCGCCGGAGGGCGCUGCUGCGCAAGGCCAGCUCCCUGCCGCCCACCACGGCCCACAUCCUCAGCGCCCUGCUGGAGUCGCGCGUCAGCCUGCCCCAGUACCCGCCCACCGCCCUCGACUACAAGCGCCACCUCAAGGAGCACAACGAGCGGCAGUUCUUCCUCGAGCUCGUCAAGGACAUCUCCAACGACCUCGACCUGGCCGCCCUCAGCUUCAAGAUCCUCGUCUUCGUCUGCCUCAUGGUGGACGCCGACCGGGGCUCUCUCUUCCUCGUCGACGGCGGCGCCGGGGCCAAGAAGAGCCUCGUCUCCAAGGUCUUCGACGUCCACGCCGGCACCCCUCUGCUGCCCUGCUACAGCUCCGAGGACGCCAACGAGGUCCAGGUGCCCUGGGGCAAGGGCAUCAUCGGCUACGUGGCCCAGCACGGCGAGACCGUCAACAUCCCCGACGCCUACCAGGACCGCCGUUUUAAUGAUGAGAUUGACAAACUGACUGGAUACAAGACCAAGUCGUUGCUGUGUAUGCCAAUAAGAAACAAUGAGGGUGAGAUUAUUGGUGUUGCCCAAGCGAUAAAUAAAAUUCCAGGAGGUGCUCCUUUCACGGAUGAUGAUGAAAAAGUAAUGGAAAUGUAUCUUCCAUUCUGCGGCAUCGCCAUCUCUAAUGCUCAGCUGUUUGCUGCUUCCAGGAAGGAGUACGAUAGAAGCAGAGCCUUGCUAGAGGUGGUUAAUGAUCUCUUUGAAGAACAGACAGACUUAGAGAAAAUUGUGAAGAAAAUUAUGCACCGAGCCCAAACUCUACUGAAGUGUGAGCGUUGCUCAGUAUUGCUUCUUGAGGACAUUGAAUCUCCAGUGGUGAAAUUUACCAAAUCAUUUGAGCUGAUGUCUCCAAAGUGCAGCGCAGAUACUGAGAACAGUUUGAAAGACAGCAUGGAGAAACCAUCGUCAUCUUAUUCCGACUGGCUAGUAAAUAAUAGCAUUGCUGAACUCGUAGCUUCCACGGGCCUCCCAGUGAACAUCAGUGAUGCAUGUCAAGAUCCUCGCUUUGAUGCAGAAGCUGACCAAAUUUCUGGCUUUCAUAUAAGAUCUAUUCUCUGUGUCCCUAUAUGGAACAGCAGCCACCAAAUAAUUGGGGUAGCUCAAGUGUUGAACAGGCUUGAUGGGAAACCUUUUGAUGAUGCUGACCAGCGACUCUUUGAGGCAUUUGUUAUAUUUUGUGGCCUGGGCAUCAACAAUACCAUAAUGUAUGACCAAGUAAAGAAGUCCUGGGCAAAGCAGUCUGUAGCUCUUGAUGUGCUGUCUUACCACGCAACAUGUUCGAAGGCAGAAGUUGACAGAUUCAAGACAGCAGAGAUCCCACUCGUGUCAGAGCUUGGCAUAGACAAUGUCCAUUUUGAUGACUUCUCCCUUGAUGUGGAUGCCAUGAUAACUGCAGCCCUCCGGAUGUUCAUGGAGCUGGGAAUGGUUCAGAAAUUUAAAAUUGACUAUGAGACAUUGUGUAGGUGGCUUUUGACAGUUAGGAAGAAUUAUCGAAUGGUUCUGUAUCACAACUGGAGGCAUGCUUUCAAUGUGUGCCAGCUAAUGUUUGCAAUGUUAACAACAGCAGGAUUCCAGGAGAUUCUGACAGAAAUUGAAAUUUUAGCUUUGAUUGUGGGAUGUUUGUGCCAUGACCUUGACCACAGAGGGACCAACAAUGCCUUUCAAGCCAAGAGUGGAUCUGCUUUGGCUCAACUGUACGGGACGUCCGCUACCCUGGAGCACCAUCAUUUUAACCACGCUGUCAUGAUUCUUCAGAGUGAGGGUCACAACAUCUUUGCUAACUUGUCCUCCAAGGACUACAGUGACCUUAUGCAGCUUCUGAAGAAGUCGAUAUUGGCAACUGACCUCACUCUCUAUUUUGAGAAGAGGACUGAGUUUUUUGAACUUGUCAGCAAAGGUGACUACAACUGGAGUGUUAAUGGCCAGCGAGAAAUAUUCCGAUCAAUGCUAAUGACAGCCUGUGACCUUGGAGCUGCAACCAAACCGUGGGAGAUUUCAAGACAGGUUGCUGAACUGGUAACCAGCGAAUUCUUCGAACAAGGAGACAGAGAGAGAGUCGAGCUCAAACUCACACCUUCUGCUAUUUUUGAUCGGAACAGGAAAGAUGAACUGCCUCGAUUGCAGCUGGAGUGGAUUGAUAGCAUCUGCAUGCCUCUCUAUCAGACUUUAGUGAAAGUCAACAGCAAACUGCAGCCCAUGCUGGACUCGGUAGUGGCCAACAGAAAUAAGUGGGAGGAACUGCACCACAAAAGACUGCUCUCUCAGGCAACGAUGACGCCGACGCCGUCCCCUCCUUCCAAUUUUGCUGCAUCUCUGGAGGACGUCAAUUAAGCAUCAAGUCAUUUGCUGCUGCUAGAACAAGAAGCCCCACUGAAAGGCCGGUUGAAGUUAGUCGCGUUGAGGGGGGGGACAUAGAUUGAUUGAAGAAAAUGCUAUCACAGACACGCUUUAAUUUGAAUGGGGGAAAAAAUGGGUUUGGCUGGCCCUGGGUUUAGCUUCCUGCUGAGUCUGAAGGGAGGCUCCACAACAAGGUGGCAUUGUGCAUUGGCCUCUGCAGUCCCUCAAAAGACUUGGUGCAACCUGCAUUUGGUCCGCGUCACUGUGUUUCAGCCACAGCUACGAAGGGGGCAAACAUGGUCGCAGCGCUGAUUUGGGACUGAUGUAAGAGGAACUUGCAGCUUAAGUGAAAUAACCAAUUGAAGCAUCUUGCAAGGGGAUUCCAGAGGGAGGGGAAAAGAAUAGUGUGCAGUGAUAACUUGGGUUUGCACCACCCCAGUUCGACCUGCAUUUGUGAUGUACAUCUCUUUACCCCUUCCCCCCACUUUUACUAUGCUUGAAUGUUCUGAGAAGACUGCUUUGUAUUCUAUAGAAGUUUGGGAUGCGUUUUUUUUUUUUUUAAACAACAAAACUCCAUAUGAUUGAUCAGGGCUUUUAGAAUUGUGUACCUUUAAAGGAGGGGUGGGGAAUGAACUUUAUUACAUUUAAAUAACCAACCUGUUCUAGCUUUUCCAGAAGAAUUUCAUAUUGGCAAUGCAUUCGAAUUGCUCUGCGGGCGGAAGCUGAUUUAAAGGUGAAACUUUCUGCAUGGUAGUUUGGGUUAUUAUUUUUUUUUAAUUUACUUUUUUCCGUUUCGUUCGGAACACUCGUUUUAAAGCCGCUUUGCAUCCCUAAGAAAAAAGUAUCAGUGCUGUUUCAUGAAAACUGCAUAAUAAAAACAAAAUCGGCUGCCUCCUGGUAAAGAAUUUGCACUAUGGGAUGUGGGUAUGACUUUCUAGAUAUUUUCCCCAAAUCAUGUGGGUUCUGACUGUUAAGGACUUGUGCGCUGCUGGAAUAUGUCAUAAACAGAGCGAUGACUA